AUGGGGUUGGAAGGUCCUCUUGUUGGAGGCAAUUUCGGUCCAUAUCGACAGUCUGAACGAACGCAUAUCUACCGCAAGCAUGCUGAAGAGCUGAUAGAACGCGGCCUCGCAUACCGGUGCUUCUGUCCCGCGCACCGUCUCGAAGCACUGGCGAAACAUCGCAGCGAGGCGGGCCUUCCUCCAGGGUAUGAUAGGAAAUGUGAAGGUUUGGCGCAUGAGCAAUCGGAAGAACGGGCAGCUCGGGGAGAGUCGCAUGUCGUCCGACUGAAGGUCAAUGAACGCCUCGACCAGUUCGUACUUUUCAAGGAAGCCGUAUACGGCAGACCAAAACAAAAGGCUCCGCCUCCACAAUUGGAUCUUAUCGACCGUGUCUACGAGGACCCGAUCCUGAUCAAAUCCGACGGCUUCCCUACAUAUCAUCUGGCGAACGUUGUGGAUGACCAUCUCAUGGAAAUCACCCACGUCAUCCGAGGCACGGAAUGGAUGUCGUCUACUCAUUUGCAUGCCCUACUAUACACAGCAUUUGGCUGGCAGCAGCCAGUAUUCGCACACGUACCCUUGUUGGUAAACCAGUCUGGGCAAAAGCUUAGCAAGCGCAACGCCGAUAUCGAUAUUUCACAUUUCAGAGACCAGGGUAUACUUGCGGAGCCUCUGUUAAACUUUGCCGUGCUGCUGGGGUGGUCCCACAAUGAGAAGAAAGAUAUAUUUAGCCUGGAGGAGCUUCAGAAGAUAUUCAACAUGAAAUUCACCCGUGGCAACACCAUCGUCGCUUUCUCGAAGCUUUGGUUCCUCCAAUCCGCACACGCCCAGCGCUAUAGCGACAAGGGCUUGGAGCAACUCAACGAGAUAACAUCCGCCGUUGCCAAAGCUGUCAGGUCAACGGCGUCACCAGAAGAGUUAUCACAGAUCCUCCAAAACCGCCGUCUCAUACAAAUGGUCACCCCGCUCGUCAAAGGAGACGCCAAAAACUACACCAACGCACCUGAAUUCGUCGCUCGCAACUUUGCCUUCUUCACAACAACCAUCUCCCGCCCGCCAUUUAGCUUCCAAACCGAAGGCACAAAGUGGGAGAUCCCAUUAUCCUCGCUCCACACGGCCGCCGCAGCGGUGACCCUCCUUCCUGAAUCACAUUGGACUCUAAACAAUAUUAAAGCCAAUUUUUUCGCCUCCUACGACUGCGCCGGCGCAAUUCUCAGGGGUUCCAAGGAACACAACGCCUCUGAAGGAAGCAAGGCGAAGAAGGCCUUCCAGAGGGAACUGUACCAUUACAUGCGCUGGGCCUUAUUGGGCGGUGCUCACGGACCGAGCGUUGCAGAGUCGCUUUUCAUCCUGGGGCGUACGGAGACUCUUAGGCGGCUUGAGGAGGCAAAACGGCUGACGACCGAGCCUGGUGCUCUUUCUCCUGUUGCUCUUAGAGUGAUGAAGGAGAAGGGGCUUGAGCCGAAGUCUCAGUCUGUGCAGGAAGAGAAGCCUAACGGUGAGCUCUCGUGGGCGCCUCACUCUCUACCCUCUGGGUCAGCUGAGCAGUAA